GAGCAUGUCGGGUUGCGCGCGCGGACUGCCGGGAACGGGGCGGAGCGCGUCCGCGCCGGCGCGUCGAGGGAAGAGGCAGCCGCCGCGAUGGACGUGUUCCUCAUGAUCCGGCGCCACAAGACCACCAUCUUCACGGACGCCAAGGAAUCGAGCACAGUGUUUGAGCUGAAGCGCAUCGUCGAGGGCAUCCUCAAGCGGCCGCCCGAGGAGCAGCGACUGUACAAGGAUGAUCAGCUCCUGGAUGAUGGCAAGACACUGGGCGAGUGUGGCUUCACCAGCCAAACAGCACGGCCACAGGCCCCUGCCACAGUAGGGCUGGCCUUCAGGGCAGAUGAUGCCUUCGAGGCCCUACGCAUUGAGCCCUUCUCCAGCCCACCAGAGCUACCCGAUGUGAUGAAGCCCCAGGACUCAGGAAGCAGCGCCAAUGAACAGGCUGUACAGUGAGGGCCCCUGGCCUGCCCCCAAAAGGCCCAUCUCCCCCCUCCCCCCCCAAUAAAAGAGAUUUGGGUGUCUG